AUGCAUAGAUUCAAGAGUAAGCUUAUUGUUAUGCUUUUUAUGUAUAGUAUUGCAACAACAGCCAUUGUAUAUCAAAACUACAUAUUUAUAGCGAAUUUAUUUAAAAAAUAUCGAGCAUUCGAAUGGCUAUGUACAGAUAAGAAUUCGGAGGGGGACUUUUUUUUAUGUGUAGCUCAGGAAAAUUAUAUUCAUUUCUUGCUAGUCACAGGAUUAAUUAUUCAGUUUAUAUCAGGUUUUAUAGGAGGUAUAUUAAUAAAUAUAUUAUCAAAAAAGCGGUAUAUAUCAAAGAUUGCCUUUAUAUUUUUAAUAAUAGGAUGGAUGUUACUAAGUAUAUCAUUAUCAUAUUCCAAAUAUUAUAUGGACAAUUAUACAAAGCUGAUUAUACUUAGUUUGGGUAGUUCACACACACAAAUAGCAUUUAAAAGGAUAUCUAUAUUAUUUAAUUUAGCAUUUAUAUGUUUUGGUAUUGGAUCUGACAAUUCCUAUUUGCCAAUUAUUUACUAUAUCAAUGAAAGAUAUCCUAUUGAUGAUAAUAUAAUAAAAUCAAAAUUAGAAGCAUCAGAAGAUAAAUUAAGUGCAUUACGAAAUAUUUUAAGAAAUAAAAAUUAUAUAUUAAUUAGUGCUAUGUCAUCUUUAGCUGUUUUAAGUUUAUUUGUUGGUAAUGUAUUAAUUAUAGCUUUAAAUAGAUUUGAUUCAGAAAAUAAUGUUAUACUUAUUAUAUCUAUGUAUGUAUUGAUAUGUAUAGCUCCAUCAUUUUUUAUAUCAAAUUUGUUAGAUCAUAAAAAUAAUUAUAAUCAAAAUUUAAAUACUGAAAAUACUAUUAAAAAUAAUGAAAGUAAUAUAAAUGAAAAUGAAGAUGAAGAUGCUGAUGAUGUUACUUCAAUAGUUAUAUCGAAUGAUGACGAUCUUAAUCAUAAUGUAGUUAUGCCUUCAGAGGCACUUAUUUCUCAUAAUGCUAUUAUUACUCCAAAUACUGUUAUUUCACCUAAUGUAAUUACUGCAACAAAUAUUGUCAUUUCAACUGCGACUGAUGAUAUGCUUGCAAAUUCAAAUACGAGUAUCCUAAAGUCUGAUAUGAUUGGUAUAAGUCCUAUAAGAAAUGGAAAAAAAAAAAGAAAUAGUUUCGUCCAUAAUAGUAGUGGAAGUAAUACUAUAAUUAAUGAUAGCAUUGAUGUCAGUAUUGUUAGUAAUGAUUUUGCUAGAAAUAAACGAAGUGAAUCACAUAGUAGUACCUUAAAUGAUUUUUAUAAAAAAAAAAAUUAUACAUCUAGAUUGUCAGAUCCUAGAUUUGAAACCCUUAAUACACCAAAUGACGAUAUAAAUAAUACACAAGUUCAUAAUGUAAUAAAUAUGGAUAUUGAAAAUUAUAUAAAACAAAAUGAAAAUAAUAUAACCCCCAGAAAUAAACACUUAAAUACGAUUUCGUAUGGAAAAUCGUCAACUCUAAAAGAGAAUGAAAAGGAUGGUGAAAUUGGAAAAAUUAAAGAAAGUGGAAAAAAUGAAGAAAAUGAUAAAAAUGAAGAAAAUAAUAAAAAUGACGAUCAAGCAAUGAAAAUUAUUAUUCAUCCUUCUGAAUCUCUUAAUAAUGAAAUUCAAAAAAAAAAUAAAUUAAAAAAUAUAAAUUUUGAAAUAUUUAAAAAACAAGUUGUAUCAUCCUGUUAUAUAUUUAUUGUAAUAGAAUUCUUUAUAUUAACAUUUAGUAAUUUCUUUUUUAUGUUAUCACUAUUUGAUAUAUAUGAGAAUAGUGUAUUUGGAAAUACCUUAGAUAUUUAUUCAUAUAUAUUACCUUCGAGUUUUAUUAUCACAUUAAUAUUUGGUAUAGUAGCAGAUAUAAUUAGUAUUCACAAUUUUAUCAGUUUUAAUUUAAUAUUAGGAAUAAUUGUUUUUAUAUUAACAUUCAUUUAUUAUCAAACAAUGAGUGUAAUUGUUGGAUAUACAUCCUUAAUCAUAUAUUUCUUUCAUCAAAGUUUUUUUGCCAAUCAUAUGUAUAUGUAUAUGUCUACAGUUUUCAAAGAAGAAAAUUUUCCCAUCUUAAUUGGUAUCGUUAAUAUGUGGGCCUCGAUUGCAUUUUUCCUGUCAUACAAAAUACACGAGAUUCUCAAAUAUAAUAAAAACAAAAUGUAUGGAAAAAUAACUGUAGUAGUUAUUAUUAUUUCUUAUAUACUCAUAUUUUUAUUUCAUAUAUUACAUAUUAAGAAAAAAGCUCACUGGGAUAAUAAUGAGUUAGAGUAUAAAGAGGCGCAAUGUUGCUGCUAA